AUGGACGCCGCCGCCGCCGCCGCCGUCUCCACCCUCUCCGCGCUCGCCGUCUUCGUCAGCACCGUCCACAACGGUGCCGUGAGGAGCGCGCACGGGUACAAGGUGGUCGGGCGGCGCGAGUGGGAGCGCUGGGUGGAGAGGGAGUUCGCCUUCUCCCCGACCGCCUGCCGCGAGGUCCCGCUCCCCGUCGGGUCCCCGCGGAUACUCCCCACCGACUGGCGCGGCCGCCCCGUCUACCGCGAGGGCCAGCUCGUGGGGCCCUGGCGCUGCAUCCUCGCCUUCGAUUCCGUCGCCGGGGUCGCCCCGCCGCCCACGCUGCCGCCCCUCCUCUCCCCCUCCGGGAACGCGAGGCUGAUCUGCUGCGUGCCUUCCCUGUACAACGACCUGCUCAAGCUGUUCCCGUUUCAGAAACUGCAGAAGGUCCCCGAGCCCAUUCGGUGUGAUUCAGAUAAGCCAAAGACCCCUGUCGAUACCAAGCGUGCUCUUAUUCCUAAGAAGGUUCUCACUCAGCGUGAUUCAGAUAAGCAAAAGACCCCUUUGGAUGCAAAGGAUGAUAUAAUUUCUAACAAGAAGGUUCAGACUGUACCCAUUCAGUGUGAUUCCUGUGAGCAAAAGCCCCCUUUGGAUACAAAUUCACAUGAGAAAGGGGGCCCUUUGGACACAAAGGAUGAUAUAAUUCCCAAGAAGGUUCACACUGAACUCAUCCAGUGCGAUUCAGAUGGGCAGAAGGCCCCCUUGGAUACGAAGGAUAAUAUAAUUUCUAAGAAAGCUGUUCACACUGAACUCAUUCAGUGUGAUUCGGACGACCCGAAGACCCCUUUGGAUAGGAAGGAUACGAUUUCUAAGAUGGUUCACUCUGAACUCAUCCAGUGUGAUGCGGAUGAGCAUAAGGCCCCUUUGGAUUCAAAGGGAUGGAUUCCUACUAUUAAGGUUCAACUGCCUGGGUCUGAUUCUGCUGGGCGUCCCCGAAUUGGUCAAGAACUUCCAACACCAGUUCAGAAGCAGAGAAGAGCCCAGCGGGAGUAUAUAGCUAGCCUUACUCUAGGUGACAUAGCUCAAUACUUCCAUCUUCCAAUCAGAGAAGCAUCUAGGACUCUGCGGAUCGGACUAAGCAUACUAAAGAAGAAAUGCCGGCAGUAUGGGAUACCUCGCUGGCCUCACCGGAAAAUCAAGUCCCUUGAUUCGCUAAUUCAAGAUCUUGAGUAUGUGCUUAACGACACAGAAAAGGAUGGUGGGGAGCAGGAAGAGCACACGGAGAAGGAAGAGGAGAAGGAUGAUGCGAUGCGGUCGCUGGCUAAGCGGAAGAGGCAGUUGGAGACUGAGAUGGCGACCAUCCACCAGAAGCCGACGCUGGACCUGAUGAAUGAAACCAAGCAGUUCAGGCAGUUCGUUUUCAAGAGGAGAUACAAAGCUAAACACCUAGCGGAGGAGGAAUAGCUUCUCUUUAAUUUAUUAGGCUACUAAACAAUCAGAUCCCGUGUCAUGUGUAUCUAGUAGAGAACUCCUUGGGCAGAAGGAAGCUGAUGCCGGCGUAGUAACAUAGACAAUCAGAGAUGGCCAAAGCUAUCCGCGGUUAACUUAGCGUAGUGUCUCGGCAGAUGGUAGCUGAAGCAUGUGUUGUACCACCAGUGUUCGAACUAUGUGCUUAGCUUCUCUUCGCAGUUCGCAAACCUGUUGUGAAAUAAUGGUGCU